GGCACCGCGCCAUUUUAAGAGUGAGCGCUGCACGGAGAACAAGAAAGCCAACGCAGGAGGACGCGUUUCAGUCGUUUAAUCAGCGGCACCCAAUCAGUAAAAUUGUUCUGGGAAAAUACUUCAGAAAAUUAGGGAGAAUUUUUACCGUCGAGCUCGGAGAUUCCCUUUGGUGUUGAAUGCGGAGCUGAGGUGAACAAUGACUCAGUUUCUGCCCCCGAACCUGCUGGCCCUGUUUGCCCCGCGGGAUCCCAUCCCGUUCCUGCCGCAGCUGGAGAAACUUCCCCAUGAAAAGCACCACAACCAGCCUUACUCCGGCAUCGCUCCUUUCAUCAAGCACUUCGAGGAUCCUCGAGAUGCGCCGCCACCAACAAGAGCUGAAACACGAGAGGAGAGGCUGGAAAGAAAGAGGCGCGAGAAGAUGGAGAGGAGGCAAACGGUUGUAGAAACCGAGCUGAAGUUGUGGGAUCCUCACAACGACCCGAACGCUCAAGGGGACGCUUUCAAGACCUUAUUCGUGGCUCGAAUUAAUUACGAUACUACAGAGUCCAAACUGCGCCGUGAGUUUGAGGUCUACGGCCCCAUCAAACGAAUCUACAUUGUGUACAACAAGAGGACUGGAAAGCCACGCGGCUACGCUUUCAUCGAGUAUGAACACGAGCGAGACAUGCACUCGGCCUACAAGCAUGCGGACGGUAAAAAGAUCGAUGGGCGUAGAGUUCUUGUGGAUGUAGAGAGAGGUCGCACCGUGAAGGGAUGGCACCCUCGUCGGCUGGGUGGAGGUCUGGGUGGUACUAGGAGAGGUGGAGCAGAUGUUAACAUCAAACAUUCUGGUAGAGAUGACACCUCCCGCUAUGAUGACCGUCCUAUUGGAAGCGAUCGGGAUCGUGACCGCGGAGAUCGGCGCGAGCGAAGUCGCGAACGCGACAGAGACAAGGAGCGCCCUGAGCGGCGGCGAUCUCGCUCACGGGAGAGGCGCAGACGCACCCGAUCACGUGAGCGCGAAAGGGCACUGGGGGGAGGCACGGAUGAAAAUGCCAGCCGGCGUAGGGACAGAGACAGGGAGAGAGGAGAAGGAGACGCCAAGUCACGCGAAAGAAGCCGAGAGCGCGACCGGGAACGAGAUCGCAAGAGGAGGAGCAGGAGCAGGGAGAGGAGGAGGGACAGGGAGCGAGGGAAGGGCGCAGAGGGAGGUGAAGAGGGCACAGGCGGACUGACUGAUGGCAUGAUGGGAGAAGGAGGCGAGCGAGGGAUGGACGAGUCUGCCAUGGGUGAGCAGGGUCGCGGAGAGGAGGGAGGACCAGAGGGAGAAGAGCGAGGCAGAGAUAGAGACAGAGAGAGGGACAGAGACCGGGACAGGAAGCGUAGUCACAGAGAUAAAGAUAGAGACAGGGACAGAGAAAGGAGGCGGGACAGAGACCGGGACAGAGAUCGUGAGCAUAAGCGGGACAGGGGUGAUCGUGAGCGUAGAGAGGAUCGGCAUGGCUCUCUGCUUCCCCCUAUGGGUGAGAAUGAAGGCUUGGGGAACGGAGAAGAAGGGGACGGCUCUCUCCCGCCGCAGAUGGAGGAAGGUUCACAGGAUGGGAUGAAUGCGAUGAUGAUGGACCAGGACUCCAUGCAGUCUGGAGAUGGCUAUGCUUCUAACGAGAACGGCUACAAGAUGGAGGCCCAGGGUGAUGAGUACUAAACGCUUUGGGCACGGUCUUCAUGUGCAGAAAUUAAAAAAAAAAAAAAAAAUUAAUUCCCUCUGACCGUUUCUAUCCAUGUGGUGAGGAAUUAAUGAGUGUCUAUUCAAUCAGCCUUGUCAGAGCAUGAUCUGUCCACCAUGAGCCAUGUCCUCCAGGCUGAAAUAGGAAUAGCUGAACUGUGAUUUAUAUAUUUUUUUUUUUAAUGCCACCAAAUAGUUUUGGCAAGGAUUAACUAAAAAAAUGGUGCAUUGAAAGAUUCCUGUAUUAGUUUAACCCUUCAACUGUUGUGCUGUAUUUUUGUAAGAACAACACUGCAGUAUAAAAUCGUUAUUUGAUUACAGGGAUUGUCGUACUGAGUUCCAGAGUUGUGUCCAAUUUAUCUGUAUUUCUCUUUAUUAAUCAACUCCAAGCCUCCUUUCAAGGUAAGAUGUGUUUAAGGUGGAUGAUUUUGAAAGGUAUCCCAAGUGCGAUGUUUCAGAGGCUUCAUCAUGUACAGCUUGGUCCUGAUUUUCCACUUUGUGGCUCAUAAGCAAUGGAGGGGGAAAAAAAAGACAAAUUAGUGCUUUUAGCUGAGAAUAUGUUGCCAUAGGUUCACAACAGGUUGCUCUUAUUCUUUUGUAAUUAGUCUUAUUUGUUUGAAAAGAGUAUGGAUGCUUUGUGAACCACCUCUUCUAGUGACAUUUGUUUUGGGGUUCUGUAUUGUGAAUUGGUUCUCUUUAAUAAAUGCGCUUUUUUUAUGAAAA